UCGUCACGAGUGGCGACCCCGCGGAGCCGCAACCAUGACUGAAGCUGAUGUGAAUCCAAAAGCCUACCCCCUUGCAGAUGCCCACCUCACCAAGAAGCUCCUGGACCUGGUUCAGCAGUCGUGUAACUACAAGCAGCUUUGGAAAGGGGCCAACAAGGCCACCAAGACCCUCAACAGGGACAUCUCGGAGUUCAUUGUGAUGGCCGCAGACGCCGAGCCCCUGGAGAUCAUCUUGCAUCUCCCGCUGCUGUGUGAGGACAAGAACGUGUCCUACGUGUUUGUGCGCUCCAAGCAGGCCCUGGGCCGGGCCUGUGGGGUCUCAAGGCCUGUCAUCGCCUGUUCUGUCACCAUCAAAGAAGGGUCACAACUGAAGCAGCAGAUGCAGUCCAUUCAGCAGUCCAUCGAGAGGCUCUUCAGGCUGACCCCUCCCCAAGCCUGA